UCAGUUUGCCACGCCCGUUAUGUAGAUGAGCGAGGGCUCCGGGGAGAGUUGUGCACUGGUCAGUCAGAGAGUGCGGGGCGCAGACACCGGAGUGAUCAGGCGGGUGUUCGGCUAUUGUUGGCUCAUAGAACAAUCGGUGCACAGAACGCGGGGCUCCGGGAGGACGGGGGCCAGCCCCAUUGUGUGUCCGGUGCUCAGCGCGUGCAGACCGAUCGGAGCAUGGAGGUCCAGCCGGGAGCGGGGGAUAGUCAAGUGGCUAUUAAAAAUAUUGAGCGUGAGCUUAUAUGCCCAGCCUGUAAGGAAUUGUACACGCACCCCCUGAUCCUACCAUGUCAACACAGCAUCUGUCACAAGUGUGUGAAGGAGCUGCUCUUCAUGUGUUUGGAGGACUCCACCGAUGUGAGUUCAGAAGCGUCAACACCUGGGAGCCCCCGUGUUCGCAUCCAGUCACCUAGCAUCGAAAGAAUCGACAGACUUCUCAGAUCAGCAUCACAGCGGAGCUCUUUUGUACUAAGAAGUCGAGGAUCUAAGCGCAAUUCUUUAACUCCCAGAAUUACGUCAUUGUCAUGUCCUGGCUGUCUACGCGAUGUGGACCUUGGAGAGCGAGGCAUUAAUGGCCUUUUUCGGAACUUUACCUUGGAGACUAUAGUAGAACGCUACAGACAGGCGGCCCGAGCUGCCACUGCCAUCAUGUGUGACUUUUGUAAACCUCCAGUCCAAGAAUCCACCAAAAGCUGCAUGGACUGCAGUGCCAGCUUCUGCAAUGAGUGCUAUAAGAUUAACCAUCCCUGGGGAACCAUCAAAGCCCAGCAUGAAUAUGGAGCGCCUACAACAAACUUCAGACCUAAAGUGCUCAUGUGUCCUGAACACGAGGCUGAGAAGGUGAAUAUGUAUUGUGAGAUCUGCAAGAGGCCGGUUUGUCAUUUGUGUAAACUCGCCGGAGCACAUGCCAACCACAGAGUGACCACAAUGAGCAACGCCUACAAAACUCUGAAGGAGAAGCUUACAAAGGGCAUCAGCUAUCUUAUCAGCAAAGAAAGUCAAGUGAAGACCCAGAUAUCAGAACUGGAGAUUUUAAUCAGAAGAACUGAGAGCAACGGAGACCGAGCUGUCGAAGAGGCGACGUACAACUUUGACAAACUACUAAAUAUCCUGGAAGAGCGGAAAUCGAUUGUGCUGCAGUCUAUAAAGAGUUCCCAAUCUACAAGACUAGAGAAACUGCAGAGUCAGCUGGAGGAAUAUCAGGGGCUGCUGGAGAACAAUGGUCUGGUGGGAUAUGCACAAGAAGUCUUGAAGGAAACCGAUCAUUCUUGUUUUGUACAAACUGCAAAGCAGCUACAUACCAGGAUUCAGAAAGCCACGGAGUCCUUGAAAACCUUCCACCCAGUUGCAGAUUCCAGCUUUGAAGACUAUUAUAUUGAUGUGUCUAAGGAGGAAAGUUUAUUGAGUGACUUGUCCUUCUCUAAAGCUCUAGAUGUACCUGAAAUUAAUAUGGAUGAGAGCAAGGUAUAUAACAACGCUAAGAUCUGUUGGAAUCAGCCGAACGAUUCAGGUCUUGCAGAUAGCUAUAUUCUAGAGUACAGGAAGCUGGACAAAAAUGAAGAUCCUUCAUGGAAUGAAAUCGAAGCGUCAAGUACAAGUAAAAUCAUCUCUGAUUUAGACCUCAACAGCUCCUACAGUUUCCGGGUGCAGGGCCUUAAGGGCUCUAUGUGCUCCCCUCACAGCAAAGAAAUCAUCCUCCAGACACCACCUGCUCCAGUUUUUAGUUUUCUGUUUGACGAGAAGUGUGGAUUCAACAAGGAGCGCCUUAUGCUUAAUGACAAGCGGAACACUGUGGAAAGCGUAGCUGGCCAUCCCCUGCUGCUCGGAGCAGAACGUGUACAAGUUGGGUGUUACAUGUGCCUUGACUACAUCAUUGGUGAUACCGGGAUCACUAGGGGCAAGCAUUUCUGGGCUUUCUCCGUGGAGUCCUACUCGUACAUGGUGAAAGUCGGAGUUGCAUCAGAUAUCAAGCUUCAAGAAUGGCUGCAUAACCCCCGUGACAUUAGUAGUCCCAGAUAUGAUCAAGACAGCGGACACGACAGUGGAAGUGAAGACGUGGCCUUCGAUUCAUCGCAGCCUUUCACCUUAGCGACCAUAGGAAUGCGAAAGCUUUUUGUCCCCAAGGCAUGUAACGUUUCCACCAGUUACGGGGAGCGCGUUCUCCCUCUUCCUAGCCGGAUAGGAGUUUGUCUGGACUAUGACAAAGGCAAGGUGGGAUUCUACGACGCCAUGAACAUGAAAUGUCUCUAUGAGAGAGAAGUGGACUGCAUCGGCACAAUGUAUCCAGCAUUUGCGUUGAUGGGCGGCGGAGCCAUCCGCUUAGAGGAAGUCAUUACAGCAAAACACUUGGAUUAUGUGUAACAGACGCCCGCUGUCACCCGUUUAUUAUGCGCCUGAAUUCUCCAAUACAUUUCAAUAAGUCCUCAGUGCGUUGUAUGCACCUCAUUCUGAUCAUUUUAGAUGUCAUUCCACUGUCUGUGUUUUAGCUGAAGGCCCCUGGAAUAAGCCUUCAAACCUGGUAUAUAUGUUUGUCUGAACGUCUGUCCCUUUAAAACGACUCUCCCCAAAGGGCUUCAUUUUUUUUCUUCUUCUUUUUGGAAUGAAAUGGCAUAUUUUAAUAUCUGGAACGGUUCUAGAUUAUUUUAGGUGUAUCAACAGGAUUUUUGAGAAAAAUGCUCUUAAAGGGAACCAUUUUCAAUGACCUGUAGCCAAUAUCACAUUUAUGGUGUAACAUAGGUAAAUUUUAUUUUACAUUGAUUCACUGAUGGGACAUCGGUGGUACAAUGACUGAAUGUGUUUU